AUAAAUGGUCCCACCCCUGGGCAAGGUGGCUCACUCUGGCAGGUAGGAACGGGGGAGUGUGCACCUGCUACCAGUCAAGCUCAGCCCGACUGUGAGAAGAGGCAAGGCGGAGCAAGCUGAGGCACUGAAUGAACCAUGGACAAAUUGAAGUGCCCCAGCUUCUUCAAGUGCAGGGUGAAGGAGAAGGUGACGGCUUCAUCUGAGAAUUUCCAUGUUGGUGAAAAUGAUGAGAAUCAGGACCGUGGGAACUGGUCCAAAAAAUCGGAUUAUCUUCUAUCUAUGGUUGGAUAUGCAGUGGGACUGGGAAAUGUGUGGAGAUUCCCAUACCUAACCUACAACAAUGGUGGAGGUGCCUUCUUGAUACCUUAUGCAAUUAUGCUGGCAUUGGCUGGUUUACCUUUGUUCUUCCUAGAGUGUUCAUUGGGACAAUUUGCUAGUUUAGGUCCAGUUUCAGUUUGGAGGAUUUUGCCAUUGUUUCAAGGUGUGGGAAUUACAAUGGUCCUGAUAUCUAUUUUUGUGACGAUCUAUUACAAUGUCAUAAUUGGUUAUAGUCUUUACUACAUGUUUGCUUCUUUUCAAAGUGAACUACCAUGGAAAAAUUGUUCUUCUUGGUCAGACAGUAACUGUAGCAGAACACCUAUAGUAACUCACUGCAAUGUGAGUAUACAUGGUACAGAGAUGCAAGUGAAUAUGAGCUGGGUACACGCCAACAAUUUUACCUGCAUCAAUGGCAGUGAAGUUUAUCAGCCAGGGCAGCUUCCCAGUGAACAAUACUGGAAUAAAGUGGCACUUCAACGGUCCAGUGGAAUGGAUGAAACUGGAGAAAUUGUGUGGUAUUUAGCACUUUGCCUUCUUCUGGCUUGGAUCAUAGUUGGAGCAGCAUUAUUUAAAGGAAUCAAGUCUUCUGGCAAGGUGGUAUAUUUUACAGCUCUUUUUCCCUAUGUGGUCUUACUCAUUCUGUUAAUACGAGGUGCAACUCUAGAGGGUGCAUCAAAAGGCAUUUCAUACUAUAUUGGAGCACAAUCAAAUUUUACAAAACUCAGUGAAGCAGAGGUUUGGAAAGAUGCUGCCACCCAGAUAUUUUACUCCCUUUCAGUGGCUUGGGGUGGCUUAGUUGCUCUGUCAUCUUACAAUAAGUUCAAUAACAACUGCUUUUCUGAUGCCAUUGUAGUUUGUUUGACAAACUGCCUCACUAGUGUGUUUGCUGGAUUUGCUAUUUUUUCUAUAUUGGGACACAUGGCUCAUAUAUCUGGACAGGAAGUCUCUCAAGUUGUAAAAUCAGGUUUUGAUCUAGCUUUCAUUGCCUAUCCAGAAGCUCUAGCCCAACUCCCAGGUGGUCCAUUUUGGUCCAUAUUAUUUUUCUUCAUGCUUUUAACUUUGGGUCUGGAUUCUCAGUUUGCUUCCAUUGAAACAAUUACAACAACAAUUCAAGAUUUAUUUCCCAAAGUAAUGAAGAAAAUGAGGAUUCCUAUAACUUUGGGUUGCUGCUUGGUUUUAUUUCUCCUUGGUCUCGUCUGUGUGACUCAGGCUGGAAUUUAUUGGGUUAAUCUGAUUGAUCACUUCUGUGCCGGAUGGGGCAUUUUGAUUGCAGCUAUAUUGGAAAUAAUAGGAAUCAUCUGGAUUUAUGGAGGAAACAGAUUCAUUGAAGAUAUAGAAAUGAUGAUUGGAGCAAAGAGGUGGAUAUUCUGGCUAUGGUGGAAAGCGUGCUGGUUUGUAAUUACACCUGUCUUGUUGAUUGCAAUUUUAAUAUGGUCACUGGUGAAAUUUCAGAGACCCACGUAUGGUGAAAUUUCAUACCCUGACUGGGGAGUUGCUCUGGGCUGGUGUAUGAUUAUUUUCUGCAUUAUUUGGAUUCCAAUUGUUGCUAUCAUAAAAAUAGUUCAGGCUGAAGGAAACAUCUUUCAACGCAUUGUAAGCUGCUGCAAACCAGCUCCUAACUGGGGUCCAUACCUGGAACAACAUCGUGGGGAGAGAUAUAAAAACAUGGUAGAGCCUAAGAAAGAGAUUGACCAUGAAAUACCUACUAUUAGUGGCAGCAGAAAACCAGAAUGAGACCUCAUUUUUAAAAAUGUUUGUUGUAUAAUGUGAUUUUAGAGUAGGGGCAAUUUUUAUUUAUUUGUAUG